CGCCAUCACUUUUAUCUUUAUUGAAUUUAGCACGUUCUUAUGUUUAAAUCAAGGAGAUAAAAACCUGGGUCUACCGCAGAGUCAGCUGACCCGGGUGUGAAUGCAGAGGGGUUUUUUGGACCAGUAGAAAAGGAGCUUCAGUUUGAGCAGCAUGAAGGGAAACUGAGUCCAUCUGAGCUGAAGGAAGGAGACGAAAACUCCGCCGGCGCUAGGACCCGGGGUUGACCUUCCUGAGGAAGAGGGCGUAGGCUCGCGCCGUCAGCCGGUAGAGGAGGAAGGUGCCGCGACUGUCGAGCUGCUCGCGCACAACGGCGGGGUCCUGACAGCAGCACGAGCGAUGCGAGUGGAGGGUUGCGAGGAAACAGCCUAAAAUAAAGAGUCCAGUCCAGCCCAGUACCGUCUUGUUCCCGCCGCAGAACCGAACCAGACAGCAUGUCGGUGCUAGCCCUGCAAGAGUACGAGUUCGAGAGGCAGUUCAACGAGGACGAAGCCAUCCGAUGGAUGCAGGAGAACUGGAAGAAGUCCUUUCUCUUCGCUGCCCUCUACGCUGCCUUCAUCCUCGGUGGCCGCCAUGUCAUGAAACAGAGGGAGAAGUUUGAGCUGAGGAAACCUCUGGUGCUGUGGUCGCUCACGCUCGCUGUAUUCAGUAUAUUCGGUGCCAUCCGUACUGGGAGUUACAUGACGUACAUCCUGAUGACAAAAGGGCUCAAACAGUCAGUUUGUGACCAGAGUUUUUACAACGGGCCUGUCAGCAAGUUCUGGGCGUACGCCUUUGUACUUAGUAAAGCACCAGAACUGGGUGACACUCUCUUCAUCGUCCUGAGGAAACAGAAGCUCAUCUUCCUCCACUGGUACCACCACAUCACCGUGCUGCUCUACUCCUGGUACUCCUACAAAGACAUGGUGGCCGGCGGCGGAUGGUUCAUGACCAUGAACUACUUGGUCCACGCCGUCAUGUACUCUUACUACGCCUUGCGGGCGGCCGGCUUUAAGCUGUCGCGCAAGUUCGCCAUGUUCAUCACGAUCACCCAGAUCACCCAGAUGCUGAUGGGCUGUGUGGUCAAUUACUUGGUGUACUCGUGGAUGCAGCAGGGCCAGGAGUGUCCAUCCCACAUGCAGAACAUUGUGUGGUCCUCCCUCAUGUACCUCAGCUACUUUGUGCUCUUUGUCCAGUUCUUCAUCGAGGCCUACUUUAGCAAGUCCCAAGCAUCGGCUACGGCUGUCACCAAGAAGAGAGAGUAAACACAUGCCAUAAGUGUGGGAAGAAGGGAGAUAAUGAAGAAAAAGGGAGGUGGAAAUGGAGAGCAGGGACCAGUGACUUGAAGAGGGUCUGUUAGGGUUGGGUGAUGGAGAGGUGGAGUGGUUGCCAGGGGAGUGGGUGUGGGAUGGGACACGGGUGGGAGGGUCAAGAGGAUGACUGGUGUUUGUGCUUGAGCAUUUCUAUUAAUGUGCAGAUCUAAAACGCCUCAGUGGAGGUGACGUAUCCGUUGAGGGAUGCUGAGGAAGCAGCGCCGCCAUGAUCAGAAGCCAUCACAAGUCGUCCGCCUGAAGUUUUAAAGCCCCUUUUUGAAUUCACCAUGAGUAAUUUUUAAAAAUUUAGAAAAUAACAAAAAGGACAAAAAUCACCAGAUUAAAACCAGUGCAUCUGCCACAAGCAUAUGUUUACCUGAUAUUAAAAAAAAGAAUAUUAAUCUGUACAUAUGAAGAUGGAUGGAGUCAGCGUUAACUUGAGCCAUCUGAGUAUGUUUUUGUCCGUCUGUCGUUGGUGUUUGUUGUUCUGUUUUAAACUGUCAAAGAAAAAGUUUGAGACACUGGUGAGUGUUUGAAGCUGCUGAGUGUUGGUGGGUGAUGUGAACUGAUGGGGUGAACGGCACUGUAUCUUCUGUGUCUUACAUUGCAAAAUGCGAUAUUUUCUCAGGUCUUAGGUUAUCUCUUUCUUACUAUAAUAUGCAUAUCAAGACAAAGUAGACAUGUUUAACAUCAGCACCGGUUUACAGUAUGGCUAAAAUUCAUCCAGUAUGGCCGCAUAGUUGAAAAGUGUACGAAUGAAGCUGAUUGGACUGUCUGACUCAGAUGAUCACACUGCUCCUGGGCAUGAUGGGAAACAGAUGCUCACAGUGCCCUGCUUCACCACUUGUCAUGACCUUGCAGAAGUUGCCGAUGACACUUGGAAAAUGACUUGCUAUUGAUUUCCAAACACUUCUCUAUGUUGAAGGGUCCCUACCAGUGAGGAAAACUUGUGUGUUGGACAAUGAAGGCUUAAAUGGAGGACAAACAUUUAUGUUUAGCAAAAGAGAGAAAAAAAAAUCAAACAUGCAAAUUGUUAAAAUCUGCUGUAUUGACUUUAAAAAUAGUAUGUAUCCUUAAUGGUGUCUGUUGUGCUAUUGUGCAUUCGCACUGUAUCAAUGUCAAAACAAGUGUUGCUGAAAAUCUUAACGUACGAACAAAGAGUGAAAAAACGUGA